AUGGGCACGGGCACGGGCACAGGCAUAGGCAUAGAAGACAGUUGGGCUCGAGCGGGCCGGGCGCGCGGCCGUUUGAUCCUGACUUUCGCACCCAUUCCCUGUUUAAGAUUGGGCAAGUCGUCCCUGGAUCUGUUUGUCUGUAAAAGGAAGGGGCCGGAGGAGGUGGCCUCCAGGCUCAGCAUCUGGGCACCUUUGAGCCCAAGCCCCGGGAGCCUAGGAUGGGGCCGGGACGUUGCCGCUGUGUUCUCCUCCCAGUUCAAGAAGUUUGAGUCAUGCGAGCCGCUCUGGUGGUGUGAUACAGAUGAACAAUGUCCCAAAUUCACCAACGUUGGCUUCCACGGUGCAUUAGCAGGCACGAACCUCAAAGUAAGGCUGUUGCUGUAUACGAAUCAGAACUUUAAGUGCGCCCAACUGCUCGAUUCUGCCUUUUCUUGGAGCUUCAACUGGACCAAGAAAACCACUUUUAUCAUCCAUGGCUAUAGACCGAUGGGCUCCCCCCCAGUCUGGCUGGACGAGCUCGUCGAGGCCCUGCUCCAUAUUGAAGACAUGAAUGUGAUUGUGGUUGACUGGAACCGAGGAGCCGCUAAUCUGAUUUACGGCAUUGCCUCCGGUUACACCUGGAAGGUGGCUGAAAACUUAAAGAAAACGAUCGACCAGAUGCUGGACGAUGGAGCACGUCUGGAAAACAUUUACAUGAUUGGGGUCAGCCUGGGGGCCCACAUAGCUGGAUUUGUUGGGCAGAUGUAUGAUGGGCAACUUGGGAGAAUUACAGGCCUUGAUCCCGCAGGCCCCUACUUCAAUGGGAAGCCCCCGGACAAACGGCUGGAUCACACAGAUGCCCGCUUCGUCGAUGUCAUCCAUUCCGAUAUUGAUGGAUUACAGUAUUUCAAAUGUGACCACCAGAGGUCUGUUUUCCUGUACCUCUCUUCCCUGAGAAGAGACUGUGACAUCACUGCCUACCCUUGUGAUUCGUACCAAGAUUACCUGAAUGGUAAAUGCAUCAGCUGUGGAAAUAACCAACCAAUUCCAUGUCCACUCCUGGGUUACUAUGCUGAUCAAUGGAAAAAGUACUCAAUGCAAAAGGACCCUCCUGUGACAAAAGCUUUUUUUGAUACAGCUGGUGAAACACCAUUCUGCAUAUAUCACUACUUUGUGGACAUCCUUACUUGGAAUAAGAACAUCCGAAGAGGUUACAUUACAAUUAAGUUAACAGACCAGGAUGGAAACACCACGGAGUCCAAAAUCAAUCACGAGCCCGUCACAUUUCAGAAGUAUCAUCAAGUGAGCUUGCUCGCCAGGUUUGCUCAGGAUCUUGACCAGGUGAAGGGCAUCUCCUUGGUGUUCUCUACGGGGGCUAUAUUUGGGCCCAAGUACAAACUCAGGAUCAUCUGGAUGAAGCUGAGACCCAUCACACGCCCAGAGAAGCCACAGAUGUGCAGAUAUGAUCUUGUACUGACAGAAAACAAAGAAACAGCCUUCCAGCCCAUUCUUUGCUAAACUCAAAUGGGG